AUGAAGCGUUUUGUUUAUAUUAAUGAUGAUGAUUUGGCUCAAGAUGUUUACUGUGACAACCGCAUUUCGAAUAGGAAAUAUACCGUGUUGAAUUUUCUGCCCAAAAAUCUAUGGGAGCAGUUCAGCCGGUUUAUGAACCAAUACUUUUUGCUAAUAGCUUGCCUUCAACUAUGGUCACUUAUAACUCCGGUUAAUCCUGCAAGCACAUGGGGCCCACUUAUUUUCAUAUUUGCUGUUUCAGCAACCAAAGAGGCUUGGGAUGAUUACAAUAGGUAUCUCUCUGACAAGAAGGCAAAUGAGAAAGAAGUGUGGGCUGUAAGGCAUGGUGUUAAAAAACUUAUUCAAGCACAAAAUAUUCAUGUGGGCAACAUAGUUUGGCUCCGUGAGAAUGAUGAAGUACCAUGUGAUCUAGCUUUAAUCGGUACCUCAGAUCCACAAGGCCUUUGCUAUAUUGAGACUGCUGCACUCGAUGGAGAGACUGACCUUAAGACAAGGGUUAUUCCUUCUGCUUGCAUGGGAAUAGAUGUUGACUUGCUGCACAAAGUCAAGGGUGUCAUUGAAUGUCCUAAGCCAGAUAAUGACAUCCGGAGAUUUGAUGCCAAUUUGCGUCUGUUUCCUCCAUUUCUUGAUAAUGAUGUAUGCCCUUUAACGAUAAAAAAUACAAUUCUGCAAUCUUGCUACUUAAGAAACACGGAGUGGGCUUGCGGUGUUGCUGUUUACACAGGGAAUGAAACCAAAUUGGGUAUGAGUCGGGGUGUACCUGAACCAAAGCUCACAGCAGUGGAUGCUAUGAUUGACAAGCUGACUGGAGCAAUAUUUGUUUUUCAAAUAGUUGUGGUCACGGUCCUUGGAGUAGCUGGAAAUGUGUGGAAGGAGACAGAAGCAAGAAAGCUAUGGUAUGUGCAAUAUCCAAAAGAAGGGCCAUGGUAUGAGCUAUUGGUGAUUCCUUUGCGCUUUGAGCUUCUUUGUUCCAUAAUGAUUCCCAUAUCUAUAAAGGUCUCUCUAGAUCUGGUAAAAAGUUUGUAUGCAAAGUUUAUCGACUGGGACAACCAGAUGGUUGAUCAAGAGACUGGAAUCCCUGCCCAUGCGACGAACACAGCAAUAAGUGAGGACUUAGGUCAAGUGGAGUACAUAUUGACUGAUAAAACAGGAACCUUAACAGAGAAUAAAAUGAUAUUUAAAAGAUGUUGUAUUAGUGGAACUCUUUAUGGAAACGAGCUUGGAGAUGCUUUGAAAGAUGAGGAAUUGUCUAAUGCUGUUGCCAGUGGUUCUCCUGAUGUCAUCAUGUUUCUAACAGUUAUGGCAUUGUGUAACACAGUAAUUCCAAUACGUAGCAAAAAUGGCACAAUCUUAUACAAGGCUCAAUCUCAAGAUGAGGAAGCUCUUGUGCGUGCAGCUGCUGGCUUGCAUAUGAUUUUGUUUAAUAAGAACUCAAAGAUUCUUGAAAUCAAUUUUAAUGCUUCUGUUAUCCAGUAUGAAGUACUAGAUAUUCUAGAGUUCACUUCAGACAGAAAAAGAAUGUCUGUGGUGGUGAAGGCCUGUCAAAGUGGAAGAAUUCUCCUGCUGUCGAAAGGAGCUGAUGAGGCACUUUUCCCGUGUGCUCUUGCUGGACAGCAAAUGAGGACCUUUUCUGAAGCAGUUGAACAAUAUUCCCAACUUGGACUGCGGACAUUGUGCUUGGCUUGGCGUGAGCUGGAGGAAGAUGAAUACCGAGAAUGGUCUUUGCUGUUCAAAGAGGCUAAUAGUACAUUGGUUGACAGGGAGUGGAGGGUCGCUGAGGUCUGCCAGAGAUUAGAACAUGACCUUCAAGUACUUGGUGUUGCUGCCAUCGAAGAUCGCCUACAGGACGGUGUACCAGAAACAAUUGAAACCCUUAGAAAGGCUGGAAUAAACUUCUGGAUGCUAACUGGAGACAAGCAGAACACUGCUAUACAGAUUGCUCUCUCCUGCAAUUUUGUUUCUCCUGAGCCUAGAGGCCAGCUUCUGUUGAUUAAUGGCAAAACCGAGGAUGAAGUAUGUCAAAGUCUUGAGAGGGUGUUAAUGACAAUGAGAAUAUCAAGUUCAGAGCCAAAGGAUGUUGCAUUUGUGAUUGAUGGAUGGGCUCUUGAAAUCGCUAUGAAGCAUUAUCGGAAAGCAUUUGGUGAACUGGCAAUGCUAACAAAGACAGCUAUUUGCUGUCGUGUCACUCCAUCUCAAAAAGCGCAGCUUGUAGAACUUCUGAAGAUGUGCGAUUUUAGAACAUUGGCUAUUGGGGAUGGUGGCAAUGAUGUCCGUAUGAUUCAGCAAGCUGAUAUUGGGGUGGGCAUAAGCGGAAGAGAAGGAUUGCAAGCUGCAAGGGCAGCUGAUUAUAGCAUUGGAAAGUUCAGGUUUUUGAAGAGGCUUAUCCUUGUCCACGGGCGCUAUUCAUACAAUCGGACAGCUUUUCUUUCCCAAUAUUCGUUCUAUAAAUCUUUGCUGAUAUGUUUUAUUCAGAUCUUUUUCUCUUUGACUUCAGGUGUCUCUGGUACAAGCCUUUUUAACUCUGUCAGUCUGAUGGCCUAUAAUGUCUUCUACACCAGUAUCCCGGUUAUGGUGAGCGUUCUAGACAAAGAUCUUAGUGAAAGAACUGUUAUGCAGCAUCCCCAGAUACUAUUUUAUUGUCAAGCAGGAAGGCUACUCAAUCCUAGCACAUUUGCUGGGUGGUUUGGGCGCUCUCUGUUUCAUGCCAUUGUCGUCUUUGUCAUCAGCAUACACGCGUAUGCUUUUGAGAAAAGUGAGAUGGAGGAGCUCUCAAUGGUCGCUUUGUCUGGUUGCAUUUGGUUGCAGGCAUUUGUCGUCGCGUUAGAGACCAAUUCCUUCACACUACUGCAACAUCUAGCCAUCUGGGGAAACUUGUUGGCGUUCUACAUGAUCAAUUUGGUAGUCAGUGCUGUGCCGGCCUCUGGGAUGUAUACAAUAAUGUUCCGCCUUUGCAGACAGCCAUCUUAUUGGAUCACAAUGCUUCUAAUUGUUGCCACUGGAAUGGGUCCUGUUCUGGCUCUGAAAUACUUUAGAUUCACAUACCGUUCGAGUAAGAUAAAUAUACUUCAGCAAGCUGAACGUUUGGGUGGACCGAUCAUGACAUUGGGGAGUAUAGAGCCACAGUCAAGACCCUUAGAAGAAGUUUUGCCGUUGAUUUCUCAACCCAGGAGUUGCAGCCCUGUAUAUGAACCUCUGCUCUCCGAUGCUGCAAAUGCCACAAGGCGAUCUUUCGGAACUGCAGCGCCUUUUGAUUUAUUUCAGUCACAAUCACGGCUUUCUUCCAGCUAUUCUAGAAAUUGCAAGGAUAAUUAA